CAGAGAGGAAGCCGAUAACGGAAGCAUCAUCGCACUUCAUUGCUCUUCUGUGCUGUGUCUUUUUAUUUUCUUAUCUGUUUGAUAAGAAAUGUGUACUGGUUGUGUGCAGAAACAAUAUCCCGACAGGGGUAAUACCUGUCUGGAGAAUGGUUCAUAUCUGAUUAACUUUCUUGGCUGUGCCAACUGUCACCAACGGGACUUUGUACUGAUCAGUGACAGGACUCUGGUGAAAGAGGAUGAGGAAGAGAUUGUCACUUACAUUCAUAUGUGCAAGAACUGUGAUCAUGUUAUAGCCAGACAUGAGUACACCUUCACUGUGGUGGAUGACUAUCAGGAAUACACAAUGUUGUGUAUGUUGUGUGGAAAGGCCGAGGAUUCCAUCAGUGUUCUGCCAGAUGAUCCCAGGCAAACAGCGCCUCUCUUCUAGAGUAUUUGCACAGAACCGGAGAUGGGACAUUCUCUUCUUAACAUGGUUAUGCACUUUUUGAGGGAACCAUGACACAUGCAGUGUUUCAUAUAUGCUUAGCUCUGGAGAAUGGCAUACGUAUCGUCACAUAUAACUCCAGAAGAAUAUAUCGCAGGAUGCAUUGUGUUCUUUGUUUCUACAGUUUUAAAAGUGGCUCUUAGUGUAGGUACGCAGUACUACUCUGAAUCAUAAAAGUACAUGAGUCUGAGAAGCAAUUCUCCAAUAUUAAAGUUAACUAGGAACAAGUAGAUGUUUUAAAUUAAAUUGGUGGAAGCUCCCUUUGAAUGGACUAACAGUUUGUAACACAGGUAGUCUUCUACUGUAUUUGUCACUUGGGAAAAAAGGGGGAUAAAGAACACAUUUAAAUUAGGCAGAUGAAACAUGCUCAAACAUGGUACACAGUGUUUUGUUUUGUUUUGUAUGCUUUGUCGAAAUAAACUGUAAAACAAUGCUCCAUUGUGUGUGU